AUGCCCAAUCAUGCCAUGCCCACUCACCCGCUCCAGUCUCAGUCUCCAUUUUUAAAAUCAAGCGUUCUGAAGAUGCUGAUCAUGGCCGAAGAUCCCCAGUGUCGAGACCGUCCCUUUUCCUUGGUUCCAGGGACCCUCUCCGCCUCCGACGACGAUGUCAUUCCCACUUCAUUACCCUUCUGGGGCAGCUCAGAGGAGCUCACUUGA